AUGUCAGACAAUUAUUGGGUGAGCAGAGCCAAAGGAUCGGAUGAUGCGACCCAUAUCAUCCGCGAAGCCCUGGAAAAAAGUCUUUGCGAAAGCAGAUUGCAUGAAUUUAACGAAGAACUGAAGCAACUUGUUAGUGAUGAUGGAUAUGGCCAAAUCCUCGAAUCUACACCGCUUGAGCUAAUUCCUAUCCUUCUCUUGGCCAGUGAUUCGAUUGAAACCUCCCCACACCCACUAAAGAACACAUAUGAACUAAUUGCUCGAUAUGGAAGUCCCAAAGAGAUCCUGCUGGUCGUACAGGAGUCACUCGAUGUACUUUUGCAGGAGGCUAAAGAACUAGAGAACGAAGAAGAAUCUGCGAGCUCAACGCCAGCGCAAAUUGUCUGGAAGCUACUAAGGCUAAUCGAGAUGAGUACUUUGGCCUUUCCUCGUCUGGUUCCUCGAAAACGCUCGGCUCCAGAGACGGCAAUCCCUAUAGUACAGCAUAUACGAAACUCGCUUGGAAUCCUGGGGACACUCAUCGAUCCAAAUGAACCGGUAUCUCGAGAGGUAGUAGAGGCAUGUAUCGGGCUAGGGUAUUCGUUGCUUGGAUGGUUCGAUGUGGUGGGUUCUAAAGCGGAUGAAGUUGCUGAGUGCAAGAUGACUUUAGAGAACCUGUUACGCGUUGCGGUCGCCGAAUGUUUAUCCGACAAUCAGGUCAUGCGAGAUUACAACAAUUUCUUACAUCGAGUACGAAUUGCAGGCCUAGACUUCACGCCCAUUCGUUUUCCAGAACCCAGCUCCAAAAUGACUGGCAGCGCUUCGAGGCAGCUUACAGGCCUUUCGGAAGCAUUACGCCACCCUAGGUGGCGUCAAACUGCGCUUGGCGCAAUCAAUGAUUGCAUCCUUGGUGGCCUGUACGAGGACCAAAUCUUGGAAGAGGAUAUCGCGACCGAAAUCAUACCUCCGGCUAGGGAUGAUCCGUUUGCGAGUCAGCUAUUGCUGGAAGAGUACAAUCCGAUCCUGCUCCAGAGCCCUGUUUUAGAAGAAAAAGAGGCUGAAGGGCUCAAGUUUGUCGAUACGCAAGAAAUGAAUCGUCUUGUGGAAGUAUUAGGGUUCUUCUACGUUUUGUUUGCAAGGGACGGAAAAAACCUGACCGUGGUACCCUUGACCAAAAUCACUUGCGAGCAGGAACCCGUUUUGGAAGACCCAAGUCUGUAUUUUGCUAUGAGGUCGAUUUCGGUCUCAUUGGAACGGAUUGAGGAGAUUAUUUCAAGGAUAGAAAGUUGA